AGGGCGCCGCCAGUUGCGGCUCGAGGGGCCCGGCUCAACCUCGGCUCCUGUCGCACCUCCACCUCCCCCCCCUCGGUCCCUGCCUCCCUCCUGCGCCGUGCGGGGUGGCCGAAGGCGGGGUCGGCCCAUGCGCGCAUUCCUGCGCUGCCUCGGCAACACCGGGCAGCAAGAGGAGCUGCAGGACCACGAGGCGCGCCAGGAAGGCGACGGCGAGGCGGCCGCCGAGGGGCGCGCGGCGGGCGGCGUCGAGCUCGGGGCCGAGGGGCGGGCGAAGCAGACCGACAUCGUCGACCCAGACGCGGGCGUCGUCUCCGCGGUCGGCUCCCUGGACGUGGAGCAGCUGAGGCAGCUCGUCCAGGCCAGGGCGGACGUGAACCGCGUCGCGGACGGGAGCUCCCCGCUGCUGAGCGCCCUGCAUCAGGAGGGGUGGGCGCCGGGGCGCCCGCGGCAUUGCAGGGCGUGGGGGGCUGCUGCUCGAGGGCGGGGCUCGACCCCGACCUGGAGGCGGAGGCCGGGGGAGACUGGCCCACGCUGCUGGCGGCCCAGCGCGACCAGGCCGAUGUGGUCGGCCUCUUCCUCGAGGCGCGCGCCGACCCCAACCGGGCCACGACCCGGCACGACGGCCGCACCCCCGUGGCGCUGGCCGCCGAGGCGGGCGCCUGCGGGGCCCUGCGCGCGCUGCUGGAGGCGAGGGGGGACGUGAGCAAGUGCACCGCCUCGGGCGAGUCCGUGGCCCUGCUCGCAGCGCGGCAGAACCGCGGGGAGGCCCUGCGGCAGCUCCUCGAGGCCCGCGCCUGCCCGACCGCGGAGGACUCGCGGUGGAAGCAGACGGGGGCGCGGUGGAGCAGGACGCUCUCGCCGCUGCUCGCCGCGGUGGAGGCGGACGGGGGCACGGAGGCCCUCGGCGUGCUGCUCGAGCUCGCGGGCCGCGAGCUCGACCUGGGCCAGGGCGUCGCCACCGCAGUGCAGGGCAACAGGGCUGGCGCGCUGGGCCUGCUGCUGGAGGCCGGGGCCGACCCCAACGAGGCCUCGGGGGAGGGGGAGUCGCACCUGGCGGCCGCCAUGAAGGGCGGGCACCUCGAGGUGGUGCGCCUGCUGCUCCAGGCCGGGGCCACCGUGGACGCGGGCAGCGUCUUCUGGGCGGUCGGGGGGGAGCGCCUGGACGUGCUGUCCCUGCUGCUCGAGGCGAGGGGCGACGCCAACGCCGUGCGCGCGAGCGGCUCCCAGGAGGCCUGCAGCGCGGUGUUCGCCGCGGCCAGCAGGGGCAGCUGUGGUGCCCUGAGGCUGCUGCUCGAGGCGCGGGGCGAUGCCAACAUGCUUCAGCCGGAGGGCCGGCUGACCCCGGUGCUGCAGGCCGCCGCGAUGAGCGACGCGAGCGCGCUGCGGCUGCUCCUGGAGGCCAGGGGGAACGUCAACGAGACGGUGUUUCCACGCGAGCACUCGCUCACCAUCCAGCCUGGGCCUCUGCAGCUCAAGCUGACGAACACCACGGGCAGAGUGACCGAGGUAACUCCCGACGGGCAGGCUGCAGAGAGAGGCGUGGAGCCGGGCUGGCGGCUGGUGUCGAUGGACGGGGAGCCGUACGAGCAGUCGAUGCUGCAGUCCAUGAAGGCCCGCGACGAGCCGUACACCGUGGUCUUCUGCGAGGAGGAGGGGGUCACCCCCGCCCUGAUAGCGGCCAGGGCGGGCCACGCGGAGGUCCUGGCAGCGCUGCGGGAGGCUGGGGCCGACAUCGCCAGCGCUCCGCCCGGCGGCCCAUCUCCGGUCUCCGCCGCCGCCGAGGGCUGCCACGCGGAGGCGCUGUGCUUGCUACUGGAGGCCCGAGGGGACCCCGGCCUGGCGCGCGCCAAGGCCGGCUCCUGCGGCAGCAAGGCGGCCUCGCCUUGAGCCGGUAGGGCCGCGGCCGCCGAGGGUUGGCGCGCUGCCGCGCAGAGGCGUUUCGCUUCGCCUUGGCGCCCUGCCUUCCCGCCCGAGGCCCGAGCGGGGCCCCGGCCCGGCCGGCGCUCGCAGGGUCCCCCAAAUUCUGCUGCGGCAGCGGGCGCCGGCUCGCCCUGGGCCCGCGGGGGGUGCUUGGCGAGCGCGGGCGGGGCGCGCCGCCCGCCCGGGCGCGCUUGCCGCGAGCUAUAUAAUUCAUUGGCCUUGGGCUCCUGUUUUCCAGCGGCCCGAGUUCACGAGAGCGAGCAUCGCAGGCCUAGAGGUUAGCUCCAACACCAAUAUCGGCGGCGUGCCUCCACCGAGGGAAGAGGAUCCCGAUCUCGGUGAUGGUGGUCAUGUGCAGGUGUCUCAGGUGGCCGAAAUAUUGCCACCAACGUCACAAUCUAGGGUCAUCUUCCCCCAGUGGAGGCAAUCCUCUGGACUGGCGCUGGUGCCCUUUUCCAAGCAUCCAAGAACACGCCCGACCCCCAGAAAAAUAUCGGAA